GCGCACCUCCUACCGCUCGGUUUCGCGGCGGCAGCGGCAGCGGCAGCACGCAGACAGGCAACCCAGGGCUGUUGCCACCGCCUGACACGAGACUGAGCUAGGUCCCCAGCGGAUAAUGCGGUGAGCAAUUGCCGACCCGCUGCAUCUGCGCUCACCGGUAGGGUCUGUGUGCAUCCACCGGAGGUGUCCAGCCCCGGGUCCGGCCCCGGGACACCGGCGGGGAUCCUCAGCGGCUGCUGAUUUCUCCUUGCUGUGGAAGGAACUGGAUGAUGUAACCCGCUUUCUAGAAAAAACUUGGUGGCCUUACACUGAGCAAGGUCAUUCAGAUCCCAUCUCAUUUCAGAGCUAUUUGAGAAAAAAAAAUGAUGUGACAGUCUUGUAUCAAAAAGGAUUUUUUGGAAGCGCUGAUAUCUGUGAAGAAGGUCACCCUUUGUCCCUUUUGUGAAAUAGACACCUUCAAAUUCCAAAAUGCCAGCCAAGACCCCAAUUUACCUGAAAGCUGCCAACAACAAGAAGGGAAAGAAAUUUAAACUGAGAGACAUUUUGUCUCCCGAUAUGAUCAGUCCUCCCCUGGGGGACUUUCGCCACACCAUUCACAUUGGCAAGGAGGGCCAGCAUGACGUCUUUGGAGACAUUUCCUUCCUUCAAGGGAACUAUGAGCUUUUGCCCGGAAAUCAAGAGAAAGCACAGUUCCCUGGGCAUAAUGAGUUCUUCCGUGCCAACAGCACCUCAGACUCCGUGUUCACAGAAACACCCUCCCCGGUGCUCAAAAAUGCCAUAUCCCUCCCAACCAUUGGAGGGUCCCAGGCUCUGAUGCUGCCCUUGUUGUCACCGGUCACAUUUAAUUCCAAGCAGGAGUCCUACAGGAGGCCCAAGCUGCCCAGGCUCAGCUGUGAGCCUGUCAUAGAAGAAAAAGCUCAGGAGAAAAGUUGUGUGUUGGAUAACGGGACGAUCCACCAGGGAGACACCUCAUGGGGCUCCAGUGGUUCUGCAUCUCAGUCCAGCCAGGGCAGGGACAGCCACUCCUCCAGCCUGUCUGAACAGUAUGCAGACUGGCCAGCGGAGGACAUGUUUGAGCAUCCUGCCUCUUGCGAGGUCACGAAAUCAAAGACUAAAUCAGAGGAGUCCCUCUCUGACCUGACCGGCUCCCUGCUCUCCUUGCAGCUGGAUCUUGGGCCCUCACUUUUGGAUGAGGUCCUGAAUGUGAUGGAUAAAAAUAAGUAACAGGGUGCCAACUCUUUUCCUUUGGAGUAAGAGGUACCAAAAUUAGAAAGAAAAAAAAAAUCCACAAAAACUCAACUAACCACAGUUGAUGAGUAGAGCUUUCCUGGCUGGUUUUUUGCAGUCGUGUGAUGCAUUUUUCUAAAAUAAUGUUCCUGUUCCUACAAAAUAUUUUUUUACCCAUCAUGCCCUGUUUGCAAAAACAAUUUUGAAAACAACAAUUUAAGAAGAAAGAAAAAAAAAAAAACCUGUCCUGGCAAAAAAACAGAGGAAAUGAGUCAAGCCCAUAUUCGGCAGGCAUUGCUGAUGUUCAGCUCAAUUUUUGUUGUUGUUGUUGUUGUUUGCCAACAUGUAAGAAAUCCAGCUUGGCCAGGAAUUGUACUGGCUAUGAAGGGCUGGGUCAGUGGGUCUCACUGAGAUGCUUUACAGUACUCCAGCAUAUUGUGAGCAAGAGGAAGUCAAGAUUUACUUAACACCUACGCCUUUUUUUCUAGACUCUUUUGUAUAUUAUAUCAUUUGGGUUCACCAUAGCGAUUUCUCCAUUGUUAAAACUUUUCUCUUUUCAUAUUUCAACAACUUUAUGGGAUUUGGGGAUUUUUUUUCCUUGUAGUUCUUAUAUAUCCCUAUAUAUUAUAUCCAUGUUGCAAAAUUUUGACUGUCAGCUACAUGUUGGUAAGACAUAAGCAAGGUAUUACUGUAACUAAGUUAUUUUUAAAGUUGAAAUAUAUUUUUAUGUGCCUUUGGCUUUUUAUUGCAGAGUCUACAUUUUAUAGAUAACACAUCAAGUGUCGUUUGUCUUGUUUCCAUUGGGGCUUCAUUGUAAGGUGCAUAUGUGUGUAUUUGGAAAAGCGUAUUCAUUACCAGCUUUAGUUUUCUUUCUUGCUCACGUGUUAUCAUACUUCUAAUGGCAGCCAACGAUGCAUUGUAAAGUGUGAAGGCACAGGGUGCUCAUUCUUCCGCAGACUGUGGGCUACACCUCAUGGUGCUAUGUGGAUGUGUGAGUACUUUAGUACAACUCAUUCUUGCAUUGCCUAGGUACGUCAUGCCACACAAUAAAGAGCAAAUGCUGAAAUGAA